GCUGAUCAUAUUUAAAUGAAGAACAGUAACUACAUCAUGAAGAGAAAGACGGACAGAGACUGAAAAUGGCUAAUAAGUGUCACAUAUUUCUGCUGGUGCUGAAAAUGAUCUGCUCACUUCUAAAAGGUACCAGUGGAGUGAAAGACACUCAUGUGAUCUUCAGUUCUGGUGAAAAUGUCACUCUGCCCUGUAAUAAUGCCGGUUCUGACUGCAGCACAACUACAUGGAUCUAUAAUAAUAAUAGAAAUUCAGAGACAAUUGAACUGUUUGCUUAUGGGAAGAAGAAGAAGAAGAACAUAGAGAGACACGAGAGACUGAGUCUGGGGUCUGACUGCUCUCUGAUCAUCUAUAAAGCCUCAAAAGAAGAUUAUGGAUCUUACACCUGUCGGCAAUAUAUUAAUGAUCAUCAUCAAGGAAAUGAUGCACCUGUUUAUCUGCAUUUUCUUCAUGUCUCUCCAUCAUUCACACAGACUGAGAUAAGACCAGACAGUUCUGUGUCUCUCUACUGUCAGUUGAUUUCAUAUGAUUUGUGUGAUGUCCAUACUGAGGGAAUUCAGCUGUUGUGGGUGAAUCAGGCUGGUGUUGAUCUGCAGACAGACUCCAGAUAUCAGAUAUCAUCAGGACACUGUAUCAGCACUCUGACUACAAAACUCCUGAAUGAAGACAACAACAGAAAGUGGACAUGUCAAGUUAAAAAUGGAACUAAAGUGGAGACCUCAUUCAGCUAUUCUGUCAAGUAUUCAGCUCCAGCUGAUACAACACCUGUGCGUUCAGUCACCAACAUUGCAACUUUUACAACUACGUAUAACAAACUAUCUUCAGUCUUCACCCCAAUCUCUGAAAGGACCUCGACUUCCAAAGCACCAGUACCUCCAUCACAACAAGUGAUUGUGAUUGUUGUUGUGAUUGCUGCAUUAGCUGUUCUCCUUCCUGCUGUUCUUCUAUGUGUGAUCCUUAAAAAGAGAGCUGGUAAUAGACGAGAGAUUCACUCCAAUUCUACCCCAGGUGCAAAUGAGCAGACCACUGUUGAGUUCAUUCUGAUGAUAACGUGACUUACGCUUCCAUCAGAGGAGCAACAGCUGGACCCCAUUGAGGACUGCAGUGAACUUUAUAACACAGUGAACAAGAUUGUUUGCAAAUAAAUCAAACAAACAUACAAACAGUUAGUAAUUACACAAAGCAACACCACAUGACUCUAAAAUAUAUCAAAUAAAAUAUACUGGAAUAUAAACCUGGUAAAAUUUAUUCCAACCAGUUUAAUUCAAUGUCAUUAUAAUAUUGUAUUUCAAAUGUUUAUCUGGCGUUUUGGUUGAUGUCUGGGGAGUUUCAGCAUGUUUGUUUCGAGGUGUUUAUGUAAAUAAUGUUUUACUGGCUUUAUUAUUUUGAAUGUAUAUCAAAUUAGCAUUUUUUCCCAGUUUGUUAUUAAAAUACAGAUGUCUAAAACAAAUAUUUACAAUGAUAAUUUAAUGAUUUAAGGACAUUAACAAAGAUUUUAGUAACUCUUUGUAAUAACGGUCAUUAAACUCACACUAAUACAUUAAUAUGUAAUUAUACAGGAAUUAAUGAAGGACAAAUUAGUAGUACUACAUUAAC